AUGGUCGCCAGAGAUUUGGAGGUGUACGAUGGCGUGCACUGCAUUGCCGAUAUAGGCACAGAGCACUACUCGAUGCUUAAGAAGAUGUCCCAGGCAGCUACUCCCUGGGCAGAUAUGGCAGAAUAUGGCAAGUACGUCACGUACUUGCUCGCCGGACUGGUUUUUGCAGGCACAGUUAAACAUUAUGUCUUCUCCAACUAUGAUGUGGACCGUAUGAGAGGGGGGCCUGCACGGAUUAUGGAAAAAAUGACUGCUUACAGCCGGUUUAUUGUCUAUCGUCGGUUACCUUCAAAGAUCUGCCACCUUUUCGGUCUGCCGUCCUCUGUGGGCAGUCUUUUGCUGAUUGGGCUUGUCACCCUCUACAGCUUGCUUUGGUGCUUUGUUCCACAUCCUUACUAUCGUGCCUGUUUGGGCUUUGGGUCCCCGCCGCUUGGGGUUCGUGCUGGCUUCAUGUCGCUGGCCUUCGUCCCAUUUAUAUUUAUAAUGUCGGGGAAAACCAGCAUAAUCGGCUUCCUAACGGGUAUUUCCCACGAAAAGCUGAACAGUUAUCAUCAAACAGCAUCCAUAUUGUGCUUGUUCUUUGGAUGGGUCCACACCAUUCCUUUCUACCUACAAAACGCUAAGGAAGGUGGGACAGCCAGAUUGCACGAAAAAAUGUACUCGACCCCGGUCUAUGUGUCAGGAGUCCCCCCAAUCAUCUUUUUGACACUGCUAUGGAUAGGCUCGCUCCAGAUCGUGCGGCGGUUCUGGUACGAAGCUUUUGUGUCGUUGCACUGGGUGCUCGCGAUUGGCUUCUACAUCAGCUUGUUCUACCACGUUUAUGGCCUUCUGAACUCCGACAAGUACAUGGUGGCUACUAUUGUCAUUUGGGGCGCUCAGCUGUUGUACAGAUGGUUUGUCAAGGGUUAUUUGAGACCGACCAGAUUCAUGAGAAGUGCUACUGCCAGCGCUCGCAGAAUCGGUACGCCCGACGAAAAAUGCAUGGAGGUUCUUGUUGACACCCCUAUCAAGUUUAUUCCUGGCCAGCACAUUUUCCUGAGAACGCUGGAUAGGAAAGUUGCGGAAAUGCAUCCGUUCUCGGCAAUUCCUUCACCCAACGGCAUCAAACUGAUUAUCCGCGCGUACGACGGGUUUACAAAACACCUAUACCAGUCUUUAGAAUCGCCACGUGACUUCAAUGUGCUGGUGGAUGGUCCUUAUGGAGGUGUUGCGCGAGACGUGCGCAGCUUCUCGAAUCUCUAUAUACUGUGCUCCGGAUCCGGUAUCACAUCGAGUCUGCCGUUUAUCAUGGCCUAUGCGAAGUUGAUCUGCAUGCCGGCUGUACCGUUACAAACAAUCCGACUGGACUGGACCGUGAGACAUGCAGCCGACGUGUGCUGGAUAGAACAGGAGCUGAAUUACAUCAAAGAGGAGUAUGCGGCCUUGAUGAAGAAUGGGGCUCUUGAGAUUCACAUCUACUGCUGUUCUGGUGAGAGUGAGAAAAUGACCAUGUCCAUUUUUGAGUACCAUAGCUACAAGCCUGUGGUGGCUGACAUUAUGAAGUCUUUUCAGCUUGGUAGCACAAACUGUAUUAUCUGUUCUGGUUCGAAGAGUUUGAAAGACCAAGUUGGAAAUGCAGCUGCCAGAUUGCAGUCUCGAGUGGGCGACGUGCGCGAGGUAUACCUCCACACCGAGGAAUUUAGCUUCUGA